AUGCAGUUCAAAUACUUGUCUACUGUUGCGGCAGUUUUGGCCACUGCUCUGGCUAUCGGUGAUCUCGGUUUUAACUUGGGUGUCAAGGAUAAUGCUGGAAACUGUAAGUCCGCUAGCGAAUAUGCAACUGACUUUGAAAAGUUGAGCGCUUACACAUCAAUCGUGAAGACUUACGCAGUUUCAGAUUGUAACACUUUGCAAAUUUUGGGUCCAGCUGCCGAGAAGGCUGGCUUUCAGGUUAUCUUCGGUAUUUGGCCAACCGACAGUGCUCAUUUCGAGGAGGAGAAGGAAGCUUUGAAGAACUACUUGCCAAACAUCUCCAAGGAUACUGUGAAGGUGUUUACCGUCGGUUCCGAGGCUUUGUACAGAGAUGACAUGACCGCCUCCGAGUUGGCUGACGCUAUUGAUUCGAUCAAGGACGUCUUGGCUGGCAUCAAGGACAAGAACGGUGACUCAUACAGUGGUGUGCCAGUUGGAACUGUCGACUCUUGGAAUGUUCUUGUUGACGGUGGUUCUCUUCCAGCCAUCAAAGCCGCUGACUUUGUUUUCGCCAACGCAUUUUCUUACUGGCAGGGUCAGACAAUGAAGAAUGCCUCUUACUCCUUUUUUGAUGACAUCAUGCAAGCUUUGCAGACUAUCCAAACCGCCAAGGGUUCAACUGACCUCAACUUUUGGGUUGGUGAGACUGGCUGGCCGACCGAUGGUACCAACUUCGAAUCCGCUUACCCUUCUGUCAGCAACGCCAAGCAAUACUGGCAGGAAGCUGUUUGUGCUAUGAGAGCCUGGGGUGUGAAUGUUUGUGUUUUCGAGGCUGCCGAUGAGGCAUGGAAGCCAGACACCUCUGGUACCAGUGAUGUUGAGAAGUAUUGGGGUGUUUUUGACGCAAGCUACUCCUUGAAGUACGAUUUGGACUGUAAAUUCUAA